CGCGCUCGUGAUCGUCGUUCGGCGCGGAGCGCGCGCCCGGGCUUAUAUAACGAGGGCAGCGGCUGCGGCGGCAUGGCCGCGCGCGUGUCCGUCGAGGGCGCCGGGCCCUCGUACGCAUCCGUGCUAAACUUUCGGGGAGCCGAAAGUAAUAAGGAGAACAUUGAGGCGCCUCCGCCGGGGGAGGUGCCGGAGGUGGUGGUGCGCCAGGUGGAGGUGGAAGAGGAGGAGGGCUUCGUGCCCGUAAUAGCGCACGGGCGGAGGCCGGGCAAGCCGCGGCGCGAGCGUGAGCGUCGAGCGCCGCCGCGGCCGCACAAGGCAGGACCUCAGCCGCCGACAGACCCUCAGGCGCCGCCGAACCCCGACCAACCGCAGCAAGAAGAUGAUGACCAGCCUAAGAAAUUCGUUGAAGCACCCAUCCCGAAGGUCAACCCCUGGCAGGUGCGAGGAGGUAGCACCGGAGUCCCGCCGCCGGCGCCUCCGGCGUUAGAAGAGAAGAGAUCGCCGCUGCAGCCGCAGCAGCAGGGCAGGGCGCAGCCCCCGCCGCAACCAGCGCCGAUUGUUCAACCAGAACCAGCGCUGGCGCCGCCCAAGCCUGCUAUCGUGAAGGCGCCCAAGAUACCGAAAGUCAACCAAAAGGCAUCAGACUUCACGGACAUCGGCGACUGGCCGACGCUAGGCGCGGCGGUGGCCGGCGCGGCGCGGUGCCACUCAACCCCUCCGCCGUCUGACGCCGAGACGUCGCACCAUAACGGCAACGCGGACCAGGAACGCAAGCCGCUAGAAGAACACCAGCAGCCCAAGGUGGAGAAGGUGGAGCUCACGCAGAACCACCACCAGCACAACGACAAGCACCACGACAAGCAUAACGACAAGUCUAAAGCCGCAGGAGGUGGUAAAGGUCCACACAAGUCUGGAAAGCACAAAUGGGUGCCGCUCGACAUCGACGUGAAGGCGGCGCGGCCGGGCAAGCACGGCCCGCCGCACGCCGCAAGGCCCGAUAAUGAUACGGUAUCCCUGAACGGCGAGGAGCGGCGCGGCUCGCUGCGCGCUCGGGGUGCGGGCGGGGGCGGGGCGGGGGGCGUCGGGGGGGCGCGCGGCGCCGGCGGGGCGCGCGGGGGCCGGCGCGCGGCGCCGCGCCCCGCCUCCGCGCUGCCCGCGCCCGUGCACGUCUUCCACCACGACUACCAUCACGACCUGCAGCAGCUGCGCGUGGCUCAGCCGGCAGUCGCACAGGGCCUGGUGCUGCACUACGGCGGCAUAGGGCUCCCGCCGCCGCCGCUGGCCGCCCCGCUGGCGCAGGCCUUCUACUACGGCGCGGCGCACGCCACCAGCGCGCCCUACGGACUGGGGCUGGACCAGGCAACCUUGAAGGACCUCAUCAAGAAGCAGAUAGAAUACUACUUCAGCCCCGACAACUUAGCGCGCGACUUCUUCCUCCGUCGCAAGAUGGCUGCCGACGGCACCAUCCCCGUCACGCUCAUCGCGUCCUUCCACCGCGUGCGGGCAUUGACCCCCGACGUGGCGCUCGUGCUGGACGCCAUCCGCGACUCCGACAAGCUGCAGCUCGUCAACGGGUUCAAGGUAACACGAGAUGGCGCCACCAUUCCCGUCACAUUGCAUCGUUCCACCGCGUGCGGGCAUUGUAACACGAGAUGGCGCCACCAUUCCCGUCACAUUGCAUCGUUCCACCGCGUGCGGGCAUUGACCCCCGACGUGGCGCUCGUGCUGGACGCCAUCCGCGACUCCGACAAGCUGCAGCUCGUCAACGGGUUCAAGGUAACACGAGAUGGCGCCACCAUUCCCGUCACAUUGCAUCGUAACACGAGAUGGCGCCACCAUUCCCGUCACAUUACAUCGUUCCACCGCGUGCGGGCAUUGACCCCCGACGUGGCGCUCGUGCUGGACGCCAUCCGCGACUCCGACAAGCUGCAGCUCGUCAACGGGUUCAAGCACGAGAUGGCGCCACCAUUCCCGUCACAUUGCAUCGUUCCACCGCGUGCGGGCAUUGACCCCCGACGUGGCGCUCGUGCUGGACGCCAUCCGCGACUCCGACAAGCUGCAGCUCGUCAACGGGUUCAAGGUAACACGAGAUGGCGCCACCAUUCCCGUCACAUUGCAUCGUUCCACCGCGUGCGGGCAUUGACCCCCGACGUGGCGCUCGUGCUGGACGCCAUCCGCGACUCCGACAAGCUGCAGCUCGUCAACGGGUUCAAGGUCCGAACAGCGUUCGAGCCCACAAAAUGGCCGCUGCUCGACAUAAUGAUGAACGAGGACACCGACAAGAAAUCCCCCGAGGACAACAAACAGAAAGAGGACAAGGAGCCAAAGGAAGUGCAGAAGAGUGUAGAAGAGAAGGAAGCACAGAAGGCGCCCAGUAUAGGCGGGCAGGCGGAGAAAGUUGAGACUAAAAAACCAGAACCGGCACUUGAAACCAAACCAGAGCCCUCUCCAGAAACUGAGAAGGCCGCUGAGGAAACGAAAGAGAAAGAAACUAAAGAGAGUGAGACGGAGGAUAAGAAUAAGGACGACAAGCGGGACCACGAGGACCCGCCGCUGCAGCACGAGGGGGAGGAGAAACCGGGGGAGAAACGCCGCAAGAAGCAGAUGGUGGGCAUCUUCCCGCUGGCCACGAUGGGCGGGCCGCUGGUGGCGCCCGUGUCCAGCCUGCUGCGCGCCGUGCCGCCCCCGCCGCUGCCCAGGAUGUUCCGGACGCGCGGCGCGGGGUCGCCGCCGGCGCACGACCCCCUGAACCCCGACGUGGCCGAAUUCGUGCCCCAGCGCAAGACAGAAGAACCUAGCGAGAAACCGGAAGGGGAAUCGAGACAGACCUCUGGAGGCGGCAGCCCCAGCUCCGAGAGAAGCGGCCCGGACGUGUGGACCGAGGUGAAACGAAGAACGAAGGCCGGCAGCCGCGAGCGCUCGGCGCCCGCGCCGGCGCCGGCCGAGGAGGCGCCGCAGCGCGAGGAGCUGCACUUCCAGCUGGAUGAGGAGCUGGACCUGCCGCCGCCGCGGCACAACACCUUCACCGACGGAGACGCCUGGUCGGAUUCGGAAUCGGACUUCGAGCUGUCGGACCGCGACGUGGGCCGCCUGCUGAUCGUGACGCAGACGGGCGGCCGCGCCGUCAAGCACGACGGCCACGACCGCCAGGGCGACUGGAACACUCGCACCAAGAUCUCACAAGAUCUCGAACAGGUCAUAACUGACGGAUUGAGACGCUACGAGGAGGACUUGUGGAAUGACACGGAUUAUACUUCGUCGCACGGCAGCCUGGGCUCGCACUACCGCACGGUGUCGCUGAUCUCCCGCGAGCAGUUCGAGGCCACGCAGCCGCACGAGCGGCACUCCAACCCCGACCAGCCGCCGCCGCCGCCGCCCCGCCCGCACAUGGUGGAGCAACAGGAGCAAGGCAGCAAAGCCAAGAGGCCGCGCCGCACGGCCCGCUUCUACGCCGCCAACAAGGACCCACACGCCACUGAUGUCAUCACGAGCCGCAAGCACAAGACCAGGCACAGCCUCAACCCGCCCGUGGAGCACCACGUGGGCUGGAUCAUGGACAUCCGCGAGCACCGCGCCCGGACACAUAGCACCGGAUCGUCACUGGGCACGUCGCCGACGCUGGGCUCGUCGUGCGGCUCCGUGCCGCAGUCGCUGCCGACCUUCCACCACCCGAGCCACGGCCUGCUCCGCGAGAACCACUUCACUCAGCAGGCAUACCACAAGUACCACUCGCGCUGUCUCAAAGAGCGCAAGAAGCUGGGCAUCGGACAGUCACAGGAGAUGAACACGCUGUUCAGAUUCUGGUCGUUCUUCCUCCGGGACCACUUCAACAGGACCAUGUAUAACGAGUUCAGGACGUUAGCGAACGAGGACGCCGCCGCCGGCUUCCGGUACGGGCUGGAGUGCCUCUUCCGGUUCUACUCGUACGGGCUGGAGCGCAAGUUCCGCCCCGAGCUGUACCAGCACUUCCAGCAGGAGACCGCCACCGACUACGAGCGAGGUCAACUGUACGGUCUGGAGAAGUUCUGGGCGUUCCUGAAGUACUAUAAGCACGCCGGAGCCCUACAGGUGGAGCCCAAGCUGCAGGGCUACCUCGCCAAAUUUAAAAGCAUCGAGGACUUCCGCGUGUUAGAGCCGCAGCUGAACGAGCUGCUGGCCGCGCAGGGCGGCGCCGCGCCGGGCCGCGGGCCGCACGCGCGCCCCUACGACCGCCACCGCUCCGUGUCCGAGAGCGAGCGCAACCACGCCAGCAGGCCCUUCAGCCGCCCAGCGCCCUCCAGCAGCAGCAACAACCGCGGCCGCGCCGGCUCGUGCGGCGCGCAGAGCGUCGUGGCCGGCGCGCGCCCCCGACGUGAGUACACUGACCCCCCCCCCCACACUUCGCUGACUGUUCCUAAACCUUGGUUCUCUGCCUUUUCGCCGAAAAUUGUAUUGCCGUAUUUCACUUCCCAACCAACUUUUCGCAGAAGUUUCAUUUGGGCGAAUUUCAUUUCCCAACUUUACGUAAUCCAACUUAACCUAACUCAACCUGUACGCAAUUUUCAUUUCUCGACUAUGGGAUUGGGAAAUGAAAUGGAUGCGAAAUAAUUAUUUGGUAAAAGU